AUGGAAAUUAUAAUCUAAUUUAAAUUAGGAUCUGGUGCUUAAGGUAGUGUAUAUUAAGGAUUUAUCAGAAGUAAUAAUUAAAAAGUGGCAAUAAAAAUAAUGACAGAAAUAAAUCCAAGAGAAGAGAAAAUAUUAUAACAUUUAAAGAUUCAUAAACAAAAAUAUUUAAUAGGAAUUUAUGCUGUUGAAAAAUUAAAUAAUUAAGUUGUUAUUGUGAUGGAGUUGGCAGAAAUGGAUUUUUUUUAAUUUAUGAAUACAAAUCAAUUUAAAACAUAUGAUGUUGAUGAAAGAAGUGAAUUAUUUUUAUAAGUAAAUAAAUCAAUCUAUAUUGUAGAUGGCUUAAGGAGUUUAUUAAUUUCAUUAAAUAGGCUACUUUCAUAGAGAUUUAAAACCAGAAAACUUUGUUUGCUGUCGUGAUAGUAACAAUAAAUUAAUAAUCAAAUUAAUUGAUUUUGGCUGCUCUAAAGAUCAAUCAGAUAUAGGUAGAUAAACAUUAGGAGUUGGAACUCCAUACUAUAUGGCAUAAGAUGUUAUUAAUUCUGUAAUGUAUACAAAACAAGUCGAUAUUUGGGCUAUGGGAACUAUCUGGUAUGAAAUACUCACAUUCUAAACAUUUUUUCAAGGUAAUAAAUGAUUUAUUCAAGGUAUUUCUAAACAUAACAUUAUUCAUUAGAUAUCUAUAAUUAAAUAAGAAUUAAUUGAUGAAAAAAUCAAUAAAAUAGAUAAAUGUUAUGUAGAAUUUAGAGAAAUUAUGAAAGAAAUGAUUUGCAUUGAUCUCUAGAAAAGAAUUUAAUUGGAAAAUGCUAUUGAAAAAAUAAUGUUAGCUCUUGAAAAAAUAAAAUAAUAGAAGAUCGAAGCAAAAAUAAAAAUAAAACUUGAAUAAGAUUUUUAAGAGAAAGAAAGAUAAAUAACUUAUAAUAAUUAAAUGAAAUAUGAAUAACUUUAGAGAGAAAUGAAAGUAAAUUAAGAUAAUGAAAUUGCACAACAGAAGUUGUUGCUCAAGUAAUAAUAUGAAUAACAAAUUAUGAAUAAGGAAAAUGAAAUCAGGAAGAUGAUUGAAAUUUCUAAUAAAAAUCAGUAAAAUAAUGAAAUUCAAANGUAAUUAAUUAUAAUAGAUUAUUGA